AUGAAUUCUGAUCAUCGAGUUAUUGCAUUAAUUGAUAUGGAUUGUUUUUAUGUUCAAGUUGAACAAAGACUCCAACCUGAAUUUCUUGGUAAACCAUGUGGUGUUGCACAAUACUAUACAUGGAAAGGGGGCGGUCUUAUUGCGGUAAAUUACGAAGCUCGAGAUUUUGGUGUGAAACGAGGAAUGCGAGGUGAACAAGCAAAAGAACUUUGUCCAGAUUUUCAUGUAUUUCAUGUGCAAGAAGUUAAUGGAAAAGCCAAUUUAACAAGAUAUCGAGAUGCAAGUGCUGAUGUGUUUCGUGUGCUUAAUGGAAAUUUUAAACUUGUUGAAAAAGCCAGUAUUGAUGAAGCUUAUGUUGAUUUAACUGAUGAUGUUCAAAAAUUAAAAGAUGAAAAUUUUCCAUUAACAAUCAAUGAUUUUUCAACAACGCAUUUAGCUGGCUUUACAACUAAAACUGAAGAUGAACGAAUAGAAAUUCUUGGUAAAUGGUUGAAAGAUUGUCAAUUAGAUGAUGAACAACGAAAUCUUGAUCUUGUAUUUGGUGCUUAUCUGGUUGAACGAAUACGAAAGAAAAUAAAAGAUGAAACAGGAUUCUUCUGUUCCGCUGGUAUUGCUCGAAAUAAAAUUUUAGCUAAAUUAUGUUGUGGAUUUAAUAAACCAAAAAAACAAACAGUGAUCAAUCAGACAGAUGUUGAUCAUGUAUUUGAUCAAACACCAGUACAAAAAAUUCAAGGGUUGGGCGCUAAAGCCGGUGAUCGUGUUAUGGAAUUAUUUCAAGUUGAAUAUGUGGGUCAACUAAGAAAAUAUACGCUUGAUGUUCUUCAAGCAUCCAUCGGUGAAAAAGAUGGCUAUUGGCUGUAUAAUUUAGUUCGGGGCAUUGAAACAGCACCGGUUAAUAGCAGAAAUUUAUAUAAAUCAAUAUCUGCAAGUAAAAAUUUUCCUGGAAAAUCAUCGUUAGAUACUCUUGACAAAAUUCGCACUUGGUGUCAUAAUUUAGCUGAAGAAGUUUUCAAUCGCUUAGAAAAAGAUCGAGCAGAGAAUAAACGUCGUGCUAAACUUCUAACAGUCACAUGUACAUUAAAUACAAAUGAAACAAUAGCUCGUUCGUGUCCCAUCAAUGAAUAUUCUAUUGAUCGAUUUGCUAAUGAUACCUUUCGAAUAUUAAAGCAAUUCAAUAAAAGUCCUGCAUCAUCAAAUAUUUACACACCAGCUAUUAUUAGUUUUGGUAUCGGCGCAGGAAAGUUUCUUGAAAAUGCCAAUACAAAAUCUAUUGUUGAUCUAUUUUCAAAACAAACAACUAAAACUGAAACAAUAAAACCAACAGAAAAUACAACUCGUUGCCAAGAAUAUGAAGAUUACGAUGAUGAUGAUGAUGAUGGUAGUAAUAGUGAAGAUAAAAUUCUACAAAAAUCAACAGUAACAGUACCAAUACAGGGCGAUUUUUUUCGAAAAUUUCAAAAAACCGAUGAACAAAUAAAACCUCGACCAAAAUCUGAAACGAAAACUACAUCAUCAAUAGUAUCGUUUUUUUCUCGUUAUGCAAGCAAUGAAAAUAUUCCAAUUUGUUCACCUGAAAAAUCCAGUGAACACUGUACCACAUGUUCAAAAUGUCAGAAAUCUAUUCUCGUAUGGAAUAUGCCGGAACAUGAAGAUUUUCAUUAUGCACAUGAAUUACAAAUGGAAGAAAAUAGAAGUAAUUCAAUGAUAGCACCACCACCACCACCACCAGCAACAACAAAAAUAUCAAAACCUGUAAAACGUAAAAAUGAAAAACAAAAAUCUAAUAUUCAAACACUUGAUUCAUUUGUAAACAAAAAACCGAAAACUGAAUAG